AUGACGCGAGAAUAUUCUUUCCCCGGAGUGGCAGUCAUUACGGGUGCGGGCGGCACAGGUAUCGGUGCUGCUACGGCUAGAGCGUUCGCCGUCGCAGGGUGCCAAAGCAUCGCCAUCACGGAUCUCAACCAUGCCUCGCUGGAACAGACCCGAAAAUCCAUCCUUGCUGCCUCCCCUGAGGUCCAGAUUCUCAUGACAGCGGGCGAUAUUGCCGAUGAAUUAUUUGUGGAGUCGUUCAUGUCUGAGGUGGUCAGGAAAUUUGGGCGGCUGGACUAUGGAGUGAACUGUGCUGGGAUCCUCGGAGAGGGACGGCGCUCCACUGAAACUACCACGGAUACGUUUGACCACAUCAACGGGGUCAAUUAUCGGGGCUGUUGGAUGUCCUCGCGAGCGCAGAUCAAACAGAUGCUCCGGCAGGAUCCCUUACCCAGUCAUGACCCGGGUCGAUCGCCUCAACGGGGGGCGGUGGUGAACAUCGCCAGUCAGUUGGGCAUUGUGGGACGCCCCAGCGCGCCGGCAUACUGCAGCUCCAAGGCCGCCAUCAUCGCCAUGACUCGUUCCGAUGCGAUCGAUUACUCCCAAGACGGGAUCCGCGUGAAUUGUGUCUGCCCCGGUGUCAUCGAGACCCCCAUGACUACGUGUACAGAAGAGGUCCGCGAACGACUACAGCCCGCGGUGGAGAUCGCGCCGAUGAGGAGAAUGGGGAAGCCGGAAGAGGUGGCUGACACCGUACUGUUCCUUUGCUCUACCUUUGCCUCUUUUGUCCAAGGGCACGCUCUCGUCGUGGAUGGGGGAUAUAUCAUCAAUUGAACCGCGUGACAGAAUGGAACGGACACAAUGGAUCAGACUUUAUACUCUACCGCUGCAUUGGAUCAGAAACAGCACCAACCACAACACAGCAUCUCGAUUCCCCGCGGGGGCGCGGUUGGGGUGGAGCUAUUGAAUGUACAAAGGGUUCAGAAACCACCUUCCCCGGACGGGGGAUGCACAACCCUGUACGAAGUACCGAAUAAUGAAUAAUCCCGGCCAUUAUCAGCCAGGACGACGCAGAAGGGAAACGAUCGACGGCCAUUCUCCAACUGCCAAGAGACGCUCUUAUCGCGGAAAUUGGAGUAAAUGGGGGGAUGGGACCCCACACUCGCCGCAAAUCAGAACCCGCUUCUCCACUCCUAUCUAAUCCUAUCUCUGGGUUUU